AAUUUGAUUCUAUUUUAAUCAACAAUACACUUUAUGUUACAGAAAUAAAGCAUAUAAAAGCGGGUUUUUUUUCUUAGAUUCGCGCAUGCGCAUUAGCCCUCUGCGAGCAAACGAAGAUGUUGCUAUGAGUUAACCAGAGCUCCUCUGGCUACAGUCACAAAUGGCGUUAUCCAAAACAUGUUACCACAAAUAUUAGUGCCUCGUUUUGUGUAGGGUAGUCCACCCCGUAGACACCUCGCCAUAUGUGACGCCGAGCUAAACUAUGGCUCACUGGAGCACUUUUGAGAAGGAGACGGAGAGGGAGACGAAGGAGCUGAUCAGAUGUGUGAGCGGACUGGACGACGAGGAGGAGCACAACUUCCAGUUGGCGCUCAAAUUCGCUUGGUCCAAUUUCAAGUUUCAUCGUUUCCUAGACGUGGAUAGCCACAAAGUGCAGCGCAGCAUCAGUGGAAUCCACGAAAAGCUUAUGGUGCACUCGGAAGUGAGUAAGGCCGAAAGCUGGAUGAGGCUGACUGAUGAGUUCCUCAAUUCGCCCCUAGCCAACACCACUGGAACAAAGACUGACGUUCACUACAGCGUACUGUCGCUGCUGCUCCUCUUAUCAGGCUCCCCCUCCAACACAAACUUUACCGAGAGACCCCGGGUGAAAGAGGCCGAACCAGAGGACAAUUUUGACUGGGCGAAAUACCUAUGGGAGGGUGAGGACAUAGACAAUGGGCCGUACCCUGACACUCCUGAGUGGUCCGAGGAGGAGAGCGAGGGUGAAGACAGCCGUCAGCCAAUCAGCAGGGAAGACUCCGGGAUCCAGUUGGACAAAACCCCGCAGGAGGAUAAAGACCACGCCGGCGAGACGGUUUCGGUCCCGUGGACAGUGGGUGAACCCGACGCCCGAGCCUGGCUGGAGCAACACGUGGUGACUCCCUACUGGGUGCCGCACGCCUCCCGUUUUGCCCACAGCCUCCAUUUACACUCCAACUUGUUCAAUGUCUGGGACCAGCACUUGUAUAACACCGAUCCGCUGUAUCUGCCCGAAGAAAAAGCUUUUGUGACUGAGACGCAAGUCAUCCGCGAAACACUGUGGCUUCUAUCAGGGGUGAAGAAACACUUCAUUUUCCAACAUCACGAUGGGAAGGUCUCGGUCAGGAAUAACGUGGUGGUCACUCAUCUCACCAGUAACUGCCUCCGUUCCGUGCUGGAGCACGUGGCCGCGUACGGCCAGGCGGUGUUCCGCCUGCAGAGAUUCAUCGACGAGGUGACGGGCCACAGUCCCGAGCUCGGUCCAGCCGGCGCUAAAAGGGGCUCCGAACCUCCGUUCAGGACUUACCAGGCCUUUGUGUGGGCCCUCAAUAAGUACUUCACCAGCUUCAAGGAGGAACUGGUCACCAUUGAGAGAGGGCUCGUGUCCAAAGAUGAGACGGUGACGCUGUCCGCCGCGCUGGAGCGUCUCAGCCCGCACCUCGCGCAAAUCAAAGUGCUGCACAAGGUUUUUUGCACCGGCAUCGCCGAGGUGCCGCCCGAGACCCCGAAUGUUGUGCGGGCCUCGCACUUGCUCAACACGCUCUACAAGGCCAUCAUCGAGUACGACAGCGUCGGGGAGGCUUCAGAGCAAACGGUGGCUUUGCUCUUUUCACUCUGGACCGAGACCGUACGACCAUAUUUAGAGAUAGUGGACGAAUGGAUCGUCCACGGACACCUGUUCGAUCCCGCCAAAGAGUUCAUCAUCCAAAGGAACAAGGACGUGGCGGUGAAUCACAGGGACUUCUGGCACGCCACCUACACGCUGUACAGCAUCUCUGAGACGGUGGAGAGCGAGACGAGCGACGCGGCCAGCGGCAGUUCCGGAGGGGACGGCGCGGCGGGAAACCGGCAGCUAACAAUGGUGUCCUUCCUCAAGCCUGUCCUCAAACAGAUCAUCAUGGCUGGAAAGUCCAUGCAGCUCCUGAAGAACCUGGACCGCAAUGAAGAUGCUCAGCAGUCCUCCAGAGAUGCCGAGCGCAAGAGUUUGUACACGCUGUUCCUGGAAUCGGUGCAGUCACGUCUGUGCAGCCAGGAUGCGUCUCCCUCUGGUGCCGUGACCGAGCAACAGGCCAGCAGGAAGAGCCUGAUCCGGAUGCAGUCGGUCAUCGCGCAGCAUCUCCAGAUCGAAGAUCUCCACGAUCCGCUCCUGGCCAUCAAUUUUGCCAGGCUGUACUUGGAGCAGAGCGACUUCCACGAGUGCUUCUCCCGGGACGACUUUACCGUGGACCGCUCGUCGCAGUCGGUCACCUGCCAGACAUUCGAGCUCACGCUGCGCUCCUGCCUCUACCCACACAUCCAGCGGCGCUACGUCGAGUGCUGCGGCAACCUCAUGAAGACUCUGAAAAAAGACUACAAGCUCCUGGAGUACCUUCAGGCCAUGAGGCACUACUUCCUGCUAGAGGCCGGCGACACCAUGUACGACUUCUACACAGCCAUUUUUGACAAGGUGCGCGAGAAGGAGAGCUGGCAGCAGCCGUCCUUCCUCAACGGCCAGCUGCAGGAAGCUGUCGGACAACGCCGCCCGGAGGACAGUAGCAGAUUGUCAAUCCUCUUGGAGACGAUUGAUCCUGGUCGGAAGAAACACCCUGUCAAUAAUGUUGAAGUGCUGACCCUCAGUUACAAGGUUCCGUGGCCCGUGGACAUAGUCAUCAGUUCCGAGUGCCAAAAAAUAUACAAUCAAGUGUUUCUGCUGCUGCUGCAGAUCAAAUGGGCCAAGUACAGCUUGGACACACUUCGAUUUAGCGAGCUUGCAGAUUUCACACAGAAACUGGAGGGGGCGCCGGCCGACGAUGCCAAGCAGAAAGAGCGACUGGUCAAGCAGCAGAUUCACCGCAUGUGUUUGUUGCGUGUCAAACUCAUGCACUUCGUCAACAGCCUUCACAACUACAUCAUGACCAGGAUCCUGCACAGCACCGGACUGGAGUUCCAGCACCAAGUGCAGGAAGCAAAGGACCUAGACCAGCUGAUCAAGAUCCAUUACAGAUACUUGGCAACCAUUCAUGACCGUUGCUUAUUGAGGGAGAAGGUCAGUUUUGUUAAGGAAGCCAUCAUGAAGGUGCUCAACCUGGUCCUCAUCUUCUCGGACCGAUGGCAAGCCGGAUUUGGAGCCUGGAAGAUUGAGUCCAUUGCCAAAAUGGAGUCCGAUUUCAAAAAUUGUCACAUGUUCUUGGUGACCAUCCUCAACAAGGCUGUGUGUCGUGGCUCUUUCCCUCAUUUGGAGUCACUCGCCCUCUCGUUGAUGGCGGGCUUCGAGCAGUGCUGACAAGGGGGACUCAU